AUGCUGGAUGAGGCAGCCGUGGCAGAGUUCAACUGGUCCCUUUUGGUCCUGAACGGUUCGGCGUGCCUGGCUGGGCUGCCCUGUGCCAACGGCUCAGAGCCACAAAGCCCCCCGCCCCUGGUAGAUGCCUGGUUGGUGCCACUCUUCUUUGCCAUGCUGAUGGUGGUGGGGCUGGCGGGCAACUCCUUGGUGAUCUACGUCAUUGGCAAAAACAAGCAGAUGAGGACCGUCACCAACUUCUACAUUGCUAAUUUGGCUGCCACGGACAUCAUCUUUUUGGUCUGCUGCGUCCCCUUCACCGCUAUUCUUUACCCACUUCCUGGCUGGAUUUUUGGAGAGUUUAUGUGUAAAUUUGUCAACUACAUCCAACAGGUCUCCGUGCAAGGCACGUGCGCCACUCUGACAGCGAUGAGCAUCGAUCGGUGGUACGUGACUGUGUUUCCUCUCUGCUCUCUGCGCCAGCGCACCCCUCGUGUGGCGACUGCAGUCAGCGUCAGCAUCUGGGUUGGGUCUUUCAUCGUCUCCACCCCAGUGCUGGUCUACAACCGUCUGAUCGAGGGCUACUGGUUCGGCCUGCAGACAUACUGCAGCGAGUCCUUUCCGUCCGUUGCCCACGAGAAAGCCUUCAUCCUCUACAACUUCCUGGUGGUGUAUCUCCUGCCCCUGCUGACCAUCCUGAUCUGCUACACGGCCAUGUUGUGCCAGAUGGGGCGCCCCACAGUUGAGCCGGCUGACCACACCUACCAGGGCCAGCAACUCGCAGAGCGGUCCGAAGCCAUGCGGACCAAGAUCUCCCGCAUGGUCGCCAUCAUCGUGGUCCUCUUCGCGGUCUGCUGGGGCCCGAUUCAGCUCCUCAUCCUCUUCCAGGUCUUCGGCCCGGGCUUCCAGCGCAACUACUACACCUAUAAGGUCAAGAUCUGGGCUCACUGCAUGUCUUACGCCAACUCCUGUGUCAACCCCCUGGUCUACGCCUUCAUGGGGGCCAAUUUCCGGAAGGCCUUCAAAAAGGUCUUCCCCUUCGCCUCCAAGCAGAGGGUGGGUGUCUUCAACACAGCCGGGCCCGCCAACGCCCACACCGAACUCCAGUUCAUCUCAUCGGGGAUGUAA